AUGUCUCCUCAAUAUAGCAGUGAAACGUAUGUCGACAACCCUCCCACAGUAGAGGCAGCAUUCAUUUCGUCAAUGGAUAAGUUACGGGAGGAUCGCCGUGUCCAGAACGAGUUCUUAGAAGAAGUCGAGAAAGUCAGGAAAGCUGGUGGGGAUCCUGAAGCAGUUAUUAUGCGCCAGCAGAGAUGGAGGGAUGCUGACGUGCAGUUGAGCAUUAAAAUCAAGGAGACGGGAAAUAAGGCGUUCAAGGCUGGUGAUAUGCAGCGAGCAUACAUGCUCUACAGUGCCUGUCUGUGUGAACUGUACAGUGCACCGGACGCGACCUACUGGCUCAACAGAGCGGUGGUUUGUCUCAAACUCAAAGCCUAUAAGCAUGCCGAAUCUGACGCGACCAACGCGUAUGAAGAUGGAAAUGCAGCUCAACCAGUCGCAGUCAAAGCACUUUAUCGCCGUGCACAAGCACGUCGUUAUCUUAGCAAAUUCUCAGAGGCCAAAGAUGACCUGCAAAGAGCACUCGAACUUUCACCCAACGAACCCUCCUUGCUCACAGAGGAAGCGGAACUUCGUAAGAUACAAGAGAAGACUCCAGAGGAGCUACAGAUGUGGCUCAUGGAGAACAAAGGUGUGAAGUUUCCCAUGGAAGGUAUGAAGGCCAAAAAGGUGCUGGAAGAGGCAGAGAAGCUGCGAUCCCUCGUAGAGUUUGGACCCGUCGAUUAA